GCAGCCGCCACCACUGCGGUCGCCGCCUGCAAGGGCUUCUGGGAGCCGAGCCUCGGGGUCUCGGGGAAGGGGCGCAGGUAGCCGCCAUCUUGAGUGGCGAACCUUGUCGUUACGCUCAACGCUAGGGGCGGAGUGGCGACCCCACUGUUACCUGCAGCGGACGCCGCAACCGGGAGCUGGGAAGUUAAGACACCGCGUAUUGCCACAUUAAUGGAUGCCAUGGCUAGCCCAGGGAAAGAUAACUAUAGAAUGAAAAGUUACAAGAAUAAAGCCCUAAAUCCCCAAGAGAUGCGUAGACGAAGAGAAGAAGAAGGAAUACAGCUUCGAAAACAAAAAAGGGAAGAGCAGUUGUUCAAACGCAGAAAUGUCUCUUUGCCCAGAAAUGAUGAAUCUAUGCUAGAAAGUCCUAUCCAGGAUCCGGAUAUCAGUUCCACUGUGCCCAUUCCGGAGGAAGAAGUUAUCACCUCAGAUAUGGUUCAGAUGAUUUUUUCUAACAAUGCUGAUCAGCAGCUAACAGCAACACAGAAAUUUAGAAAGCUGCUUUCUAAAGAACCUAAUCCACCAAUUGAUCAGGUUAUACAGAAACCAGGAGUUGUACAGAGAUUUGUGAAAUUUCUUGAAAGAAAUGAAAAUUGUACUUUACAGUUUGAAGCUGCAUGGGCAUUAACUAAUAUAGCAUCUGGAACUUUUCUGCAUACCAAGGUAGUGAUUGAAACUGGGGCUGUUCCAAUUUUUAUCAAACUUCUUAAUUCAGAGCAUGAAGAUGUGCAAGAGCAGGCUGUUUGGGCACUUGGUAAUAUUGCUGGUGACAAUGCAGAAUGCAGAGAUUUUGUUUUGAAUUGUGAAAUACUUCCACCUCUUUUAGAGUUAUUAACAAAUUCAAACAGACUUACAACAACCAGAAAUGCCGUAUGGGCCCUCUCAAAUUUAUGUAGAGGCAAAAACCCUCCUCCAAACUUUAGUAAGGUUUCACCUUGCUUAAAUGUCUUGUCACGAUUGUUGUUUAGCAGUGACCCAGAUGUAUUAGCAGAUGUGUGCUGGGCCCUUUCUUAUCUUUCUGAUGGACCCAAUGAUAAAAUUCAAGCAGUCAUUGAUUCUGGAGUCUGUCGAAGAUUGGUGGAACUUUUGAUGCACAAUGAUUAUAAAGUUGUAUCACCUGCAUUAAGAGCAGUUGGUAAUAUUGUGACUGGUGAUGAUAUUCAAACACAGGUAAUUCUGAAUUGCUCUGCAUUACCAUGUCUCUUACACUUAUUGAGUAGCCCAAAGGAAUCAAUCAGAAAAGAAGCCUGCUGGACUGUUUCUAACAUCACUGCUGGAAAUAGAGCUCAGAUUCAAGCUGUUAUAGAUGCAAAUAUUUUUCCUGUUUUGAUUGAGAUUCUUCAGAAAGCAGAGUUUCGCACCAGGAAAGAAGCAGCUUGGGCUAUAACUAAUGCAACAUCAGGAGGUACUCCAGAACAAAUAAGGUAUUUGGUAGCCUUAGGUUGCAUUAAACCACUUUGUGACCUAUUGACUGUUAUGGACUCUAAAAUAGUCCAAGUGGCUUUAAAUGGACUUGAAAAUAUUUUACGUCUUGGAGAACAAGAAUCUAAGCAGAAUGGAAUAGGCAUUAAUCCAUACUGUGCUCUCAUUGAAGAAGCAUAUGGUCUGGAUAAAAUUGAAUUUCUGCAAAGCCAUGAAAAUCAGGAAAUUUACCAAAAGGCUUUUGAUCUGAUUGAACAUUACUUUGGUGUAGAGGAAGAUGACCCCAGCAUUGUACCUCAGGUGGAUGAAAGUCAGCAACAGUUCGUGUUUCAGCAGCAGGAAGCACCAAUGGAAGGGUUUCAACUUUAACUUGGUGGAGGAAAAAUAUAUGGCUACAAAGGAUAGUUUCAGAGAUACCUUCUUUGUUACAAUGUCAGUAGGAAUGUUUGAUGUGUUUUUACUUAGAACAGAAAAGAAAAAGUUGAUGCACUUUUAAAAAGCAAAACAAAAAAGUUUCCAUUCAGAUGCAAUCUUUCAUUAUAGUUUUGUUUUUAUUUUGGUGUACCUAUAUUUGUGUUUUUAUUGUUUUGUCUAUUUUUUGUAACUAUUUGUGAGCAGUUAAAUACAUAUGAAAUUAUUUAGUAACUUAAGCUUGAAAAGGAGAACUUUGGGUAAAGUAUUACAUAUGGUUCUGAAUUUUUUCUAGCAUCUUGGAAACUGCACAUUAGCAGUACAGCUGAUAAUUGCAUUUUGGCAGUAAGUCUGACACGUCCAAUCUACUAAAUCUACCUCUAUCUUGAAGCAAAAACAAAAAAGCUUCAGAAGCAUGAAAUAGUGUAAAAGCUAAAUUAGAAUGUGAAAAUAUCUAUUACCUUAAAUUAUAAAUCACUGUGCUGUAGGUUAUA